CUGAGAGCCUCCUCCGGAAUUUCGUUCUUCCAAACCGCAGACAAUAAUUCAGGGAAUAAACUUCUCACAAUCACCCACCAUGUCUCCUCGACUUUCGGGCCGUGUUGCUAUCGUGACUGGAGCAAGCUCGGGUAUCGGUCGAGCAAUUGCUCUGACAUAUGCAAGAGAAGGAGCUUCUGUGAUGUGCGCCGACAUCGAACUGAACGCACGCGAGGAUGAAGGGGGCAGAUCAACACAUGAAAUGAUCGUUGAAAACAAUGGCAAAGCAUUCUUCAUGAAAACUGAUGUCACAGAUGAAGCUCAGGUUAAAUCGCUCAUCGCCGAAACUGUGAAAGCUUUUGGGCGACUGGACAUCAUGGUAAACAAUGCUGGAGUGUGUAGCGAAAUCCUCGGUAUUGCCUCGCAAGUUGGUGGAGUACGGGUACACGAAACGAGCCUGGAGACAUUUGACAAAACGAUGAACGUCAAUACACGAGCAGUUUUCAUUGGCUGCAAGUAUGCACUUGAGCAGUUCCUGGCCCAGGAACCGCUACCUAGCAAUAGCAGAGGAGAUGCAACUCGUGGAUGGAUUGUUAAUGUUGCCUCACUAGCUGGAAUUGUCGGAUUUCAGGGAGCGCCAGCUUAUACAACGAGCAAACAUGCCGUGGUUGGCUUAACUAAAGAGAUCGGACUAAGCUAUGCCAAAGAUCGAGUGCAUUGCAAUGCACUGUGCCCUGCUUUUAUCAAGACAUCAAUGCUAGAUCCAAUAAUGGAUGACAAAGAGAACCCAAUUGCUGUUGGAACAGCGCAAGCUGUAACAGCUGCUCAUCCAUGGGGCGCUCUUGGUAAGACAGAAGAUGUUGCACGGGCAGCAGUCUUUCUCGUCAGCGAGGACUCCCAGUGGAUCACUGCUCAACCGCUCGUGAUUGAUGGAGGAUACAUGGCACAGUGAUCUUGUCAAUUAGAUCUGUAGCUACUUGAAUCAUGCCACGCAAG